AGUUCUGUCAAUGUCAAACUAAAAAUUAUGGCUUACAAGUUUGUUUUGUUAGCCAGUAAAAUAAAAAAAUAAAAACGUGUAGAACUAUUUUCUUAAAAAGCAUUUUGAGGAUUUAACAGAAACAUAAGUGAAUAAAUACGCAGGAAUGGCAGACGUUAGAGAUAUCAUGGAGUUGGAGAGACCCUCCACUCCAGAAGUGACAAGAGAAACCUUUUUGGGGAAUGAUAAACUGAAGAAAAGGGCUUCUACGGGCCCCAAGGUGUCAAAACGACCAGAAGGAAUGCACAGGGAAGUGUUUGCAUUAUUGUAUAAUGAUAAUAAAGAUGCCCCUCCGUUAUUUUCUUCUGAUACAAUUGGUAACAAUGGUUAUAAACAGACGAAAAUCAAAUUGGGAAUGAGGAAGCCCAGAAAGUGGAAAUGGAUGCCUUUUACUAAUCCAGGUCGAUCAGAUAAUGCAACUUUUUACCACUGGAGAAGGCCAUCGGAUGAACCAAAGGAAUAUCCAUUUGCUAAGUUUAAUAAGGUGAUCGAGGUAGUUAAGUAUACCGAACAAGAAUACAACACUCAUUUAAAAUGUGAUAACUGGACAAAAGAAGAAACUGAUCACUUAAUAGACCUUGCCAAGAGAUUCGAUCUAAGAUUUAUUGUCAUGGCUGACAGAUAUGAUACUGAAAAAUACCCAAAAAGAUCUGUAGAAGAUUUAAAACAAAGAUACUACAAAAUUUGUGGAAUUUUAUCCAAACUGAAUGGAGAAAAGAAAAUUUACACAUACGAUGCAGACCACGAACGAAGAAGAAAAGAACAAUUGAAGAAAUUGUAUGAAAGGAAACCCGAGCAGAUAGAAGAAGAACAGUUUCUACUGGGAGAACUGAAAAAGAUAGAAGCGCGCAAGAAGGAGAGGGAAAGGAAGACUCAGGACUUACAGAAACUCAUUAGCCAGGCUGACAGUCAGAAUGAUACUCCCAGGAGGAAUGACAAGAAACUGCCCAAGAAGAAAAUUGCCAAUCCGGCGAGACCUUCCAGAGUCGAUACAAAUCAUAUUUUGCAGGCUAUAGAAAGCGCGGGCAUCAAAUUUCCAGAUUAUAAGAACAGCGGCGUCUCGUUGAGAUCUCAGCGGAUGAAAUUGCCCGCGAACGUCGGGCAGAAAAAAUCCAAAGGGGUUGAACAAAUUCUUCAAGAUAUGGGAUUAGAAUUAAAUCCUACCCCAUCAGAGGAGAUAUGUCAGCAUUUCAAUGAACUCCGGAGCGACAUGGUUCUAUUAAUGGAAAUCAAAGGAGCUUUAGCAACGUGUGAAUACGAAUUACAGUCUCUAAGACACCAAUACGAGGCCCUAAAUCCAGGAAAGACGUUGGCCAUUCCUCCGCAGUUGUCGUCAAAUAGUGAAGUCGAAGCUAAAAUUAGCACCAGCGAAAUCAUCGACGUUGUCGGAUCUCCAGAUACGCCGUCAAAUACUUAGCUAGUAAAAAUAAUGAGAAGCGGUAAGGGGUGUGUGUAUUAUACGUAAAUUCUUUCUAACAUUAGUUAAUAUCCGUGAAAAUUAAAUAAUUUGUUGUAAGUAGGAUUUUACGUUUGAUAGUUUGACUUAACGGGUGUUUGUUGGCAAUCGCUUCUUUUUCGUCUUUUUUUCGUCAGCUUUUCACUUCACAUCCUUUCUUCCCCAUAUAUCCUACUCAUUAUUUACCAUAACACAUCAACCUUUCCUCUUUUAGACCCUUUCAAAAAUACACAGAUACUCCAUUAAGUCUUACUGCCUGCUACUUUAUUGACAGUCGCUAUACUUUGUUUUAACACUUAUAGGUUCUAUCUGGGUAAAAUAACAAAAGUUGUGCAAAUUCAUCUAAAUUUUUUUCGCAUACUUUUAAUCAUUAACAAUUUAAGUGUAAAUGGCUGAUUUUUAGAAUUUUCGUCUUUCAUUUAAAACCGUUAAUAAUUUAUUAAAAAACUGAACAAGAUCACAUGUUAAGUCAUACGCUCAAAUGAUACGGUCUGAACCUGUGAGACUCUUAGUUAAGAUUUAAGUAUUUAGUGUCAUUGAAUGAUGUUUAUUUCUGCUGCAGUCACAUACUUACAAACUUCUGCUGUUUUAAAAUGUAUAAUGAUAGUUUUGUCAAUAAAUAUUAUUUUGAAAACAU